AUGUCGCGUUUUCGCAUCCUCGCUCAGAAGAUUAUCACCAGACUUGUGAUCCUUUUGAAUAUCGGGCUACUGGUGGUCACCAUCUUCGAGCUCGUGGGCCUUGGUAGAAUAAACUGGGGCGUUGGCAUGCUUCCCUUCCUCCCUGUUACGAUGUUCGGCAUUGGCGUGCUGUACCUUACGAGGAAUCAUCCUCCAGAGGCCUAUGCGUAUCGGAGCAAGUUCUCUGGCUCGUAUCGUGCCAGAGUGGGCUCCCGUGUAUACGUCUACUAUUUCUUCCAGAUGGUCGUACUCGCAGUCAAACUGUACACCCUCAUCAGGCUUAAGGAUCCUAGAAGCGGGACCGCCUUUCCAAAGGUGGAUCAAGUCAUAGCCGUGCUCCUCAUGAUCGUCUUUUUGGCCAUUCUGCUUGUACUCACAAUCAUUGGGAUGAAACUGGACGAUAGCUGA